AUGGACUCGAACGAUGUCGAAAGCGGUAACUGCCAGGACACAACCUUCAUCUUUGCUCGUGGAUCGACCGAGAUUGGAAACAUGGGAACCGUCGUCGGACCUGAGGUCUGCACCAGCCUGAAGACGAAGCUGGGUGGAAAGGUCGCCUGCCAGGGUGUUGGAGGAGCAUACACAGCCGGACUGGCUCAGAACUUCCUGUCGCAGAACACCGACCCAGCCUCCAUCAAGGAAGCCACCAAGAUGUUCACUGAUGCCGCUCAAAAGUGCCCCAACACUAAGAUUGUGGCUGGUGGAUACAGUCAAGGCAGUGCUGUCAUCGACAACACCGUCAAGUCGCUCGACUCCAGCGUCCAGGACAUGGUCAAGGGUGUCGUGCUCUUCGGAUUCACCCGGAACCUGCAGGAUGGAGGGAAAAUCCCCAACUACCCCAAGGACCAGGUCAAGGUGUUCUGCGCUGUCGGCGACCUCGUCUGCGACGGUACGCUUAUUAUCACUCCGGCUCACUUGACAUAUGGUGCCAAUGCGGGUGAUGCCGCCUCUUUCCUGGCUGGAAAGGUGGGCUCUGGUAGCUCCUAA